AUGGGAAGCAGCGACAGCAAACUCAGUGCCCAAGCUCAGGCACAGCAGGAAGAGCAGUAUGCGAUUCAAAUGAAGAAUCCAGCGGUGGCUGCAGCCAUCGAAGCGCUCGAGAUCGACAAAGCGACCACGGGGCUCAAGUUUUACCAGCUUUUCGCUGCGAUGGAUAAAGAUGGAAGUAAAUCGAUCGACUUGGAAGAAUUUCACCAGUUUUUCGAGCUAUCGCACACAACAUUCUCCGAUCUUGUGUUUAGCAACUUGGGCAAGCAAACUCCAGCUCGAGGUGUCACAUUUGAUGGUAGUGCCCACAAUGCGUAUUUCCUGGGGGUCCCACUGGCUAUGACACUAAUUCUUCUGUGUAGACUUCGUAUUAAACCUGUGGAACUUUUGCACCAUGUCCCCUCAAGACAUUUAUACUCACGUUUUUCGGCUCUACGGUAUGCUCAUGCGGCCACAAAUUAUUACGAUGACGUAGGCCUAACUACAUAA